UUCUCUGCAACGAUGGUGGAUGGCAGCAAGUUACCAGUACACGGCGAAGCAGUGCUACACCUACAAAUUGGACCACUGCGCUGGAGACCUGCACUUCCCAUCACCAACAUCAAAGAGCUUGACCUGAUCUUCGGGCUAGACUUCCUAAAAAGAUUCAACCCCGAGAUCAACUGGGUGAACCGCACCGCAAGCAUCUACAACAAUGGACGGAGAGUACAGCUACCCAACUGGGACGAUACAGGAGAUAUCCCAGUGGAGACACUCGCACGAUUUGAGAAGGAUGUGAAGCGAACCGACACAGGGUUCCUAGCAAUAGCAACAGAGGCGGAGAACGACAGGGAGAGAACCUCAGAACCUCCAGGAAAGAUCAAGGAAUUAUUGAAGGAGUUCCAAGAUAUUCUUCCGGACGAUCUUCCGAAUGAGCAACCGCCAUACCGAACGCAUCAACACGAGAUCGUGGAGGAACCGGGUUCGAAGCCGACCUUCCGAGCACCAUAUCGACUCAGCCCUACGGAGCUGACCGACAUGAAAAAACAAAUCGAGUAUCUCCUAGCCAAAGGACUCAUCCGGCCAUCCACUUCGCCGUACGGAGCCCCAGUACUCUUCACACUGAAACCGGACGGAAGCCUGCGCAUGUGCAUCGACUACCGAGCUCUUAACAAGCAGACCAUCAAGAAUAAAUAUCCGAUACCGCGAAUCGAUGACCUGCUUGACCAGCUUCGGGGAGCUACGGUAUUUUCCAAACUGGAUCUGCAGUCCGGAUACUGGCAGAUACGCAUGGCGGACAACUCUAUCCACAAAACUGCUUUCCGAACUCGGUAUGGAUCGUACGAGUAUUUGGUAAUGCCAUUCGGACUCACCAACGCACCGGCAACGUUCCAAGCCGAAAUGAACCACAUUCUACGACCACUUUUGGAUGAGUGCGUGGUGGUGUACCUGGACGACAUACUCAUCUACUCGCGCGACAUGAAGCAGCACGUCGAACACCUGCGACGCGUCUUUGAAAUUCUUCGACGAGAAGGAUUCUACGUCAAACUGUCCAAGAGCAAAUUCGCCCUUGAAAAGGUCCAGUUCCCAGGACACAUGGUGAGCGCUCAAGGAGUUCACGUCGACCCCAAGAAAAUCGAAGCCGUACGCACGUGGAAGACACCCGAGAACGUGAAGGAGUUGCAGCAGUUCCUAGGCUUCGCUAAUUACUACAACAGGUUCGUGUCACAGUAUGCGAAAAUCGCAGCACCACUCACGAAUCUGCUAAAGAAGAACACGCCCUACGAAUGGGAGCCAAAGCACCAGGAAGCCGUGGAGCAGCUGAAGCAAGCAGUUACGUCCGCACCGGUACUCAUUUUGCCAGAUCCCGAACGCGACUACGUCAUCGAAGCUGACGCCAGUGACCAAUCAGUGGGAGCAUUCUUGAUGCAAGAUCAAGGGAAUGGACUGCAACCAAUCGCUUGCCUAAGUAAGAAACUACACGGGGCAGAAGUAAACUACCCGAUACACGACAAGGAGGCCCUGGCUAUCAUCAUCGCCUUCAAAACGUGGAGAUGCUAUCUCGAAGGACGAAGAACAACCGUCUACACUGACCACUGCAGCUUGAAAUACUUGAAGACACAACCCAACCUUUCCAGGCGGCAGGUCCGGUGGAUCGACUUCCUCGAGACACACUUCCACUACGACAUCGUGUACAAGCCCGGUCACAAGAACAAAGCAGACGCUCUCAGCCGGCCGGCACACGUUGCCGCUAUUCAGGUCGAAGGGAUGAAUCCACUACUCAAGGGAUUCUUCACACACGGGUACGCCACCGACCCCGAAAUUCCCUUGGCAGAAAAGCGACAUCUGCUACAAUGGGACAAUGACAUCGCGUACCGGACAGGAUCAACGAAAAUCUGGGUACCCAAUUACCCUCCUUUGCGCCAGUUACUACUCGAAGAAUACCACGACGUCCUCUACGCCGGACACUUCGGUAGCAACAAGACGCUCACUGGUAUCGCAAAGCACUACUACUGGCCCCACUUAGCAGAAGAUGUCCAGAAAUUCGUCACCUCGUGUGAUACAUGUCAGCGGAUGAAGAGUACCAAGCAGAACAAGGCGGGACUAGUGCAGCCUCUUCCUGUCCCAGAACAACCAUGGCAAGUGGUCAGCCUGGACUUCAUCACCGGGUUACCACCUACAACCAGCGGUCAUGACGCAAUCCUCGUCGUCAUUGACAAGUUCUCCAAAAUGGGACACUUCAUCCCGACACACACAACAGCACGCACCGAUGAAACCGCACAACUCUUCGUUCGAUACAUCAUCUCACAGCAUGGCAUUCCAGCCACACUCAUCUCCGACCGAGACCCUAAGUUCACCAGCAAGUUGUGGAAGGAACUUAUGUCUCUCCUCGGGACCAAACUCGCCAUGUCAUCUGCUUACCAUCCGUAGACAGACGGACAGACCGAGCGCCUCAACCAAAUUGUUG